AUGGAGCCGCCGCUGUGCGGGGAUGGAGCCGCUGCUGUGCGGGGAUGGAGCCGCCGCUGUGCGGGACGGACGCGGCCGCAGCUCGGGUGUGCGGACGGGCAGAGCAGCAGCACCAGGCUCGGGACCGCCCGGGGCUCGCACCGAACCCACAGCGCAGGAAGAGCCGCUCCCGGUGCCAGAGCCUCCCCUCGGCCCCAGCGCUGCAGGCACCGGUACCGGGCGGGCGCACCAGGAAGCGAGCGGCACCGGGCGGGGCGGGGCCGGGCCGUGCGCAGGUGCCGGGGGAGCGGCCCCGUCCCGCCCGCUGCGCACCCUCCCCCGGCCGCAGGAGCUGCGCGGACACCGGCGCUGAACCGGACCCAGGGCCGGGCCAUGGAGCAGCAGAGCAGCCCCCGAGCCCCGACGGCGGAACGCGACUGGGCGGGCGGGCACUCUGUGCCCGGACCGGGCCCGAAGGGGCCGCACAGCAGCCGCUCCGCCGCUCCGGGGCCGCUGUGGAGCCGCCGCUGCCGGUACCUGCGCACGGGCAGGGCCUGCUGCCAGAUGGUGCAGGCGCUGCUGGCCGUGCUCAUCCUGGUCUGCGCCUCCGUGUCCUGCGGGCCCCCGGGCGGGUACACCGGCCUGCCCGACCUGGGCGGCAUCUACUACUACCAGUUCGGCGGCGCCUACAGCGGCUUCAGCGGCGCGGACGGGCAGAGGGCUCGGGAGCUCGACCAGCGCUUCUACCGGCUGAAGCUGCCGGUCGGGAGGGCGGCCAUGGCCGUCGGAGGCUGCCUCCUGGCCGCCUCCUGCAUCCUCCUCUCGCUCGGGGUUCUGCGGUUACCCUGGCGCUUCCCAGCGUGGCUGCUGCUCGAGUGUGCCCUGGACGCAGUGGUCGCGCUGGGCAUGGUGCCUGCGCUCUACUUCUACUUCCACUUUCUGCUGGAGGUCUAUAACUCAUCAGUGUGCAAAGAGAGAGAGCAGCUGUACCAAAGCAAAGGCUACCAGGGCUUCAGGUGCAGCCUGCAUGCAGCAGAGGUUGCGGCCGGGCUCUGGGGCUGUGUGGUUGCCCUGGCAUACCUGCUCAGUGCCGGCCUUGCAGCCAGAGCCUAUGCAGCCGUUAGGACACUGAAGCAGAAGCCAGUGCAGUUGCAAUGAUCACUCCACCCUGGCUCUGGGUUUCUGCACCCUCCUUACACAGGAAGGCAACAGCUCCUUCCCGCUUUCCUCACUCCUGAGCAGUGCGUUCUUCAUGCUGCCCCAGAGCACACACUGAACAUGGGAGAGGGAAGCAGUCCCUAACCUGGAUUUGCAUUACUGAGUUAUCAGUGGACACGAGGGUAGACCUGGUGUCUGUCUGUGCCUUGUGGCUGUCCCAUAGCAGUGUGACCAUCCUGCAGCUGAGCAGAAGCCUUUCCCUCCCCUGCACCAGGGCCUUGCUCUCUCCAGUGAGGUCUUGCUCCAAGUACUGCUACUACAUCCUUCUGUAGCUGAGGCUCCUUACAAAGGGCAUGUGACAGUUCACUAAGAACAGAGGCCCAUGGUUGUGGCAUCUUGUUCGUGCGUUCCUGUAUGUCUGCUGGAACUAAGGACCUCUUGAACGUGGUGUGUAUGGAGCCAUCAGACAAUCUGAAAUAAACGUGGAACACGAUCAGUA